UAUAUCCUUAGUAAAGUGGCGUGCGCCGCUAGUCUAUUGAUUGCAACCAAUCCACCCUGUUACCUCGAAUCACAUACAACAGCUGUGCACCUUUCAUCGCAGCUUUCGUACUUCGCACCGACAGCAAAACAAUUAUACAUGAUAUUGACAGUUCUACUUGGAGAAUGUUAACCGUGGCUACUAAAGAAAUAAUAGCAGUGUCGUCGAGGCAUAGUGACAAGGAUGUCGGUUCUCCAGCGAGUUGUGCAGAGAGUCAAAUCAGUGAGAUUGCCUUCCGCUUCUGCAGAGAGUUUCUGCCAGGCUCGUGGCGCACCAUACAACUCUCCGACUUGAUAUUUCACAAAAUCAGUGGGGGACUGAGCAACCUGUUGUACUGCUGCGAGUUACCAGAGCACAUUCCCGUCACUGAGGCAGAGCCCCGCAGGGUCCUGGUGAGGUUCUACGGCCAAGUGAACAGAAACAGGGCCUUAGAGACACUCAUCACAGAAUGUGUGAUCCUCACCUUGCUGUCAGAGCGGCAACGCGGGCCUCGCCUGUACGGCGUCUUUCCAGGAGGCCGGCUAGAAGAGUAUGUGGCCGCUAGACCAUUGAUGACUAAAGAGCUGGCCCAUCCCAAUGUUAGCAGUAAAAUAGCACAGAAGCUGGCCACUAUACAUUUGAUGGAUGUGCCGAUGAACAGAAACCCUACCCGAAUGUGGGACUCUAUAGAAAGGUGGAUUCAAAGGAUAGAGCACUUGGUGGAACAGCAAGUGACAGAUAACCCAGAGCUCACCACCAUGAUAGAGAAGCUGAGAGAACUGGAUGUGCGCAAGGAACUGGUCUGGCUCAGGAAGUUCUUGGAGAAAGUAAAGUCGCCAGUGGUGUUCUGCCACAAUGACAUGCAGGAAGGUAACAUCCUCCUGAGGAAUGGAGACUCUGAGGGCGGCCAGCUGAUUGAGCCGGCCCUCGAGAACAUCACUGUGGACGACCUGGUAGUGAUAGACUUCGAGUACUGUGGAUACAACAGGCGUGGCUUUGACCUGGCCAACCACUUCGUGGAGUGGAUGUACGACUACAAGAACGAUUCCCACCCGUACUUCUGGUCUAGGCCAGAGAAAGACCAUGCCUCUGUGAAACAGAAGGAAUGGUUUGUUGAAGCAUACCUGUCCACACUUGCCGAUUCACCCAGCUACCGGAAGAGGCCUGAAGACACAUUGGAACACAUCCUUAUAGAGAUAGAGUUCUACACUUUGGCGUCACACUUCUUCUGGUCUCUGUGGAGCGUUGUCUCCAACUCCAACACCUUAAAUCGGGCCGUUGAGUUUGACUACUGGUGUUACGGUGAAAGCAGAUUCAAGGAAUAUUACAGUCACAAAGCAAAGUUGCUGAAGCAUUCUAUAAGGUAGAGUCAGCAUCCAGACUCGGCUUCAGCUAUCACUGCAGCAGAGAGACACGGCCGAGCCAGCAAUAACUUGUUAUUCAUGCUGAUUUAUUUUGUUCAUGUAGAAUUAUAAAAUGAAAAUACAUUUAAUGUAAAGCUUUAACAACCUUGUACAUUAAAAAUAUUAUUUAUAUAUGUA